AUGAACUCCGCAUCCCGUGCAGUCAAACGACCAGGAUCCAAAGACGGCGAGAAGCAGCAGAUAUGGGUGCCGAUGCUGAACAACGCGUCAAAAGGAAAAGAUCUGGCUGAAAAGCAGCUGCUCGUGCUGGGAGGCAGUCCCGAACAGCAGAAGGAAUUCUUGGACCACCUGAACCCACCCUCAUCGAGAGUACGAUACAACGAUAGACAGCACAAUCGCAAAGCCCCCAUUUCGAACAGAUACGCCGUUGGAUACACCUACCAGGAUGUUCUCGACGCGGACCAAGAAGAUGUGCUUGCGCGGCUAAAUGUCUACAUGCUCUCGAAUCCAGCCGCCUCCUUUGCGCCCCUGCUCAAGCCGCUGUUUACCUCUAAGACGGUCAAGGCCACCCUAAUUACAAUUCUACUCGAUUGGUCUGAUCCAUUCAAAUGGGCCAGGCAGCUGCGUCAAUGGGUGCGCCUGUUGAGACUCGUCAUUGCCUCGCUCGACGACGAGACCAAGAUCGCGAUGGAAGAAAACAUGAACGAUUGGAAAGAGAAGCGGGUAGGUCCGGACGCUCCCUUGUCACAGCCUGGCGUGGAUAGCACAGAAAAGCCCACUCAGGCGACACCAUUGGGACCAGGCGAGUGGGAUGAAGGUCUCGGCAUACCCCUCUCCGUGGUCUGUAUUCAGUCUGAGAAGAUCGAGACCCUCGAACGAGAUUUUGGUUGGCAGGACGAGCAGUUCGAUUUCCUGACCCAGUGGCUUCGCUGCGUACUGCUGAAGCAUGGCGCCUCACUGAUCUACACAGCAACAUUCGAUGCCAACAGCCUCCGAACAUUACUCCACUCGAGUCUAAGUAUCUACUCGCUCCUCAAACGCGAAACUGCAAAACCGAACUACAUCGAGCGCGACAAGAUUCUGAUUCCGCCGAAUUGGGACUCAUGGGGCAAGAUUCGACCGCUCCGAGAAGGCACUGAUCUCGAAGCCAUCAGCGACGCUUGGUCUGUGGAAAUUCAAGGCAAGCCGGACGACAGCCUAGAUGAUGUUGUGCCGCCUUCAGAUCAGCAAGCAUCGUCAGAAGCAGAGUCGGCGGUCGCACUCUACGAAUCCAGUCUUCCAAACCCUACAAACACACAGCCAUCCAUCAUCCCGACCGCCGAUGCCGAAGACACCACAGUUCCCCCAGUUCAAGAGUUUCUCAGUGCGCAAGCAGCCAUACUCGAAACACUGAAAGCUGAGGACGAAAAGGUAGCCCGGAAGACGAACCCGUCAACGCGUGGAAAGGUAUCAUCGACCGGCCAAGGCCAAGUCUUAACACCUGGCUCGGAAGAUGGCAAGGCCGGCGUCAACGCUAAAAUGGCAGAGCAGAUCGGACCCUACCAGAUCAAUGUCAACGGAAUUGAUUUCGAUGCGGAAGAGGCAACACGUCGUCUCAAAGAGCGUGAAGCUGAGCGCACUGCAGCAGCUGCAACCAAGGAGGCCAGCGCCAACGGCCAGCCAGCUCCUGUUGCGAAUGCGGCACCGAGAACGGGCGUGACAAAUGGCGGAGCCAGUGGCGUCAGUACGCCGACGAAGAAACCGGCUACAGGCGAAGAUGGGAAGGCGAGCAAUGAGGCGAUGAGUGCUUUCUUCCAGAAUCUGAUCAAGAAGGACCGGAGGGGAGGUGGUGCAGGUGUCGCGAGCGGAAAUGGCACACCUCAGCGGACCGGCAGCCCGGCGCCUGCAAAGUAG